UUACCUGUUUCACCACCAGAACUGAUGCGAGCGCGAGCUGGCGAGCACAUGCCACGCUGGGAGGGGAGCCAGAAGUGAAGUGAACUGCGUUUCCAGCGAGGACACACUGAUUUAAUCCGCCUCUCAAAAAACAUCAAAAGAAGAAAGAAAGACAUUUUACCAAGUGUUUCUUCUUCCUCCUUUUUUUCCCCCCACCUUCUUCUUCUUCGACUGAGGAUCUGUGAGACGCUCGAGGAUGCACUUGUUGUCCGCCCGCUGCGUGUGCGCCCUGACGCUCCUGUGCCAAGUGGCUGCGUUGGAGACGGUGACUGGCCUGUACGGCGAGACGCUCCAGAUCCCGUGCAACAAUGGAGCCAUGAAAGCGGAAGACGUCCUCAUCACUAAAUGGAAAUAUGACAAAGGAGACGGGCUUUCGGGGGACCUGCUGGUCAAGCAGAAGAACCAGAACGUCUCCAUCAGCGCCGCCGACGAGUACAAGGGCCGCGUGAGUCUGGCUGCCAACUCCAGCCUGCUGCUGUCCGCCGCCACGCUGGCCGACCAGCGGACCUUCACCUGCAUGGAGGUGGUGGGCGCCGACAUCGCCGAGUACCCGGUCAACGUGGUCGUCCACAAGUUCCCCACAGAGCUGGAGAUUUCUGAGCAAUCGAAGGAUCUGGAGAUCGGCAAGCUGACUAAGCUGGGAACAUGUACUGCGAGAGACGCCAACCCACCUGCCAACAUCACCUGGUUAAAGAACGGCAAACCUCUGCUGGCUGACGGAAACAGGAUUUCCAUUCAGACCUCUGUGUUGGUGGACCCUGUGACCGGCCUCUCCACCACGACUUCCACGCUCGAGUAUUCCGCCGAGAAGGAAGACAAAAACGCCCAGUUCACCUGCAGCACUCGGGGGCUGCUGUCCUCUCCGGUGACCUUCAGCAUCACCUACUCGACAGAAAACAUCAUUCUGACAGUCAUCGCCGAGGCUCCGCUGGUAGAAGGAGACAACGUGACUCUCAAGUGUGAGGCAGACGGAAAUCCAGCGCCGACCGGCUUCAACUUCCACCUGAAGGGGGAAGUGGUGACAGUGAAAGAUGGCGACACUUACGCCAUCAACAACGUCUCACGUGACACCACCGGAGAAUACAAAUGCUCCCUGAUCGACGACCCCAGCAUGGAAUCAUCUGAGGACAUCACAGUGAACUACCUAGACAUCAAUUUCAGCCCCUCUGGGAAGAUCGUCAAGCGUGCCGGUGAGGGCCUGCCUCUAGAUCUUAACAUUUAUUCUUCCGGAGAAGCAAAGGUCUCUUGGACAAAGGAUGGUGCUGAGAUGGAGAAGAAGCCCGACCUUAACAAGCUGACUUACUCACAGUCUGGCGUCUAUGAGUGUGAGGUGACGAUGGGGCCGCUCCGUCGAAAGGCUUCCUUCCAGCUGGUUGUUGAAGGUGCUCCCGCCGUCAAACAGCUGUCUCAGCAGCUCAGCGACGACCGUCUUCAUAAAGUCUUAAUUUGUGAAGCUGAAGGUUUUCCCAAGCCGGUCGUUUCCUGGAGCAUCAAUGGCACAUUGCUUGAUGAAAGUGAUUUUGUGGAUGGGAUGAUUACACACAAGAUCAAAGUUGUGCCCUCGGCAAAUCUAACUGUCUCUUGUACAGUGUCCAAUGAGUUUGGCAGCGAUACCAGACCUAUAAAUGUGUCAUCUUUAAAUUGGAAAGUGAGAGUGGAUAAACAAGACCAGUCGGAUGACAGCGACCAGACCAAGGUGGUGGUUGGAGUCGUGGUCGGCGUCCUCAUCGCCACCGCCGUUAUAGGCCUGGCUUAUUGGCUUUACAUGAAGAAAUCUAAGCAGGGAAGCUGGAAGACCGGAGAGAAGGAGAACGGUUCCUCCGAGGAGGAGAAGAAGCUGGAGGAGAAGGUGGAGGAGAACAGCCAAAAAGCCGAGGUGUAAAGAAACAGCAAGCGCGUUCUUUCAGCGGGGAUGUGAAAGUGAGAACGUGGAACUUUUGCACAUUUCUCUUCACCUCUGUCUUUGGGAAACAAAAAGAGCGUACAUUCGGAUGAAGACAGUUUGGAUUUGGUUUCAGGGAGAAUUUUACUAAAAUGCAUAUCCAAACAUCCCCCGAGCCUGUCAGUCCACCCUCCCCACCCCUCCAUUUCUUAAAACAAAAAAGAAGAAAAAAAAAGAAUGAAUACUGUAUGUGAUAUACAUAACUUGUCUGCACUACUGAUACAUGUGUAAACUCGUCUACUAUUAGGAUUCAUGUUUGUUAGAAAGGAUUUUGGGAAAAUGAGAAAAUGCUAAAUUUGUUUGGGUUUCAUUAGUCGAUGCAAGUAAAACUACUUCUAGACCAGUUGCCUUUUGCUUGAAAGGAUGUGUAGACCUCCGUUAGUCUGUCUUCGACCCUGGGGCCCCUCGGAGACAGCAGGCCCGGAGGGGUCCCUCCACCGCCGCCAUCGCCGCUUCUUAAUUUCUCGCCAUCACAAGUCAAAACGGCCGCUGCCUUCAGUGUCAUGAUGCUAAAUCUGUUGUGAGUGUAUCCAUUUAUUCAUUCAGGCAUUAAAGAAAUGUUGAAUCUGAGAUGAAAUCAAUGAAAGGGCUAAAGGUAUACGUUGGUAUACUUGGCAUUAGAUGUAGACGGUGAUAUGAUUUCCAUGUUGCAUUGCAGGAAGUAGGUGAUGUGUUACAAAGUUCUUUGCUGUUGCAUUAUUAAUAUUUUGUUAUAAAUUUGUGUAACCAGGUGAGAAAAAUGACAAAAUUAGUUCAUUUUUAUCUUUUUUUUUUUUCCUCUCGGUUUGUUCCGCGUGUACUGUACUUUUGACAUAACCACUGUACAACACAAGCAGGUAGAUCAUCUGGAGACCGUGUAGCACAGUUGAAUCUAUUUUCCAGGCUUUAGUUUGGCUGCACACACAAUAUUUCUAUUUCUUUUCUUUGUUUUUUGCAGAAAAAAAAAAGCCAUUGUUCAGUUACGUGAGAAACUGUCCUUCAGCCUGUUGUAAAGAAAGGAUGUUUUAAUUUAUCUGUGGAGGCCGUGGGUCCGUUGGUGCUCCUUCAGUGUUGCGGUACGAUUGUCAUGUAGCUUGAUGUCUGUGACGGAGAGCACGGAGCGGACGGGACGCGCGUCUCGAAGUAGCCUUUAUAUGUUUGCCUUCUUUUUUGGAAAAUCUACCUGUAACUGGUUCAGUUUGUGACGUGCACUAGGGUUCAUGUUUUCAUGUCAGAUUUGUGUAGAAUACGAUGGAAUACGUGCAGCUGUACAUGUCAUGGAUUUUGGUCCUUGGAGAGCAUUUAAUGAAUUUGGGGGUGAAAAAAAACAAAACAAAACAAAAAAAAGACCAAGAUGUAGUUGUGAAGUAUGUGAAUUUGACUCUUCUUUUUGCUAUUUAUAUUGUACGAGACUAUAUAUCCUGGUAGGCAAAUUUAAUAACUAUUACAUAAUUCAUAUCUUGGAUUUAAACCAUUGAUAAAUUGCUUGCAGACAUUACAAAAAGAUAUAAUUAAUUUAAGUAGUUUGUUCAGCGUCUGGUUGAGUCAUCCAUUCAGCAUGUGAUAAUCUCAGACCUCCAAGCUGCUGUUGCAUUGCCUACCUUGUGCAAAACCAUCAAAUUGGAAGAAUGACCAAAGAAAGUGAACAUUGCCAUGCAAGUAUUGUAAAUAUCUGAUGUUUGUUUUUGUACUUUUGUUUAAAAUAAAGUGUACAUUUGGAAAACGCA